AUGGCCCAAGAAAAAUUGAAAUUUCUUCUAGGAACUUGGUUGCUUAUACUCUACUUUUUCUCAAGUGUUUUUGGUAGCAAUAAUACUCAAGAUAAUACUAUUCAAGAUACUUAUGGAGAUGGCACAUCACCACAAAAUGCUUGUGCAAAUUGUACAAUUUGUCCAUAUCCUUGCCAUCCCCAACAACCACCCCCACCCCCUUCUGGUUACCAAAGCUAUGGUGUUCCACCACCACCUUCUGGUGUUCCACCACCACCACCACUACCACCUAGUACUGGUUAUGGCAAUUGCCCGCCAGCUACUCCGGUUAUUCCGUGCUGUCCAGUACAGUAUAAUUAUGGACCUCCCCCUCCUUAUUACUAUACUGGUUCAUCAAUCAAGCUCUUUGCUUGUGAAUGGAUUUCUGCCAUUUUUUCCUUUUUCUCCAUUAUGUUCUUUGUAAUUUGA